AAAAAACCCCUUCUUCCUUUCUUUUUUUUUUCAAACACAUAGGGCCGGCCGGCCAAUCCUCCGUCGUCGCCAGUGCCGUCGCCGGUCACCAACCGCCUUCGCCGUUGUCGGGAAAAUCCUUAAAACACCAAAAUAUUCCUUUCGACCUCCUGAGUUUAGAUCUGAGGUCCUUUUCACCAAAAGAAUUCCGAAAUCCCCAGAUCUGCUAAGGGAAGUUUCGGUGAAACUAUAACUUUUAGUGUUCUGACUCUUUUUUUUUUUAAACUAACUCUUUUUUUUUUCUUCUUCGUGCAGGAAGCUCGGUGCUGGGUUCUCAGGAGAAAUAGUUAAAAGAAUUAUAUUGGGUAAUUUCCAUUUCCAUGAACUGAACAGAGGAUGAUUACUAGGCGUUGCUUUUAUAGUGGUGCCCCACGGCCUUGGCUGUUUGUGGGCUUAGGCAACCCUGGCGAUAAAUAUAAAGGAACUAGACAUAAUGUGGGUUUGGAGAUGAUUGACACAUUUGCUGAAGCUCAAGGAAUUGAAAUGAAUACCCUUAACUGCAAGGCUAUCUUUGGACAAGGUUUUGUGGAUGAUGCACCCAUUCUUCUUGCAAAGCCUCAGACUUACAUGAACUUGAGUGGGGAAUCUACUGGACCCCUUGCAGCUUACUACAAGCUACCGCUUAAUCGAGUAAUUGUGUUUCAUGAUGACAUGGACUUACCAUGCGGAGUGCUUCGUCUUCAAGACAAAGGAGGUCAUGGGAGCCAUAAUGGGCUGAAGAGUAUAAUCUAUCAUUUUCGGGGAAACAGAGAGUUUGUACGGCUACGAAUUGGUAUUGGUAGGCCGCCAGGUCAGAUGGAUCCUAAGGCAUUCUUGCUGCAAAAGUUUAAUGCAUCGGCUCGAGAACGAAUUGAUACGGCUUUGCAAGAGGGAGUUGAUGGAUUGAAGCUUGUUUUAUCUAAAGGGUUGACAGAGAGUGCAAGAUGCUUCAACACCGCACAAAAGUACAAGCAUAUAAGAUUGCAAAACAUGCCAAUCUGAAGAAUGUUGGGAUGGGAUCAUCCGUAUAAACAUGUCUUUACAUUAUUCUCAUAUAGGGAGUCCUGUAGAUUUUGAGACAAUUUUGAAAGUAUUCUAUUUUUCUUAGCUUCAAAACAGAAAUGGAGUGAAGUUUGCAGCAUAUUCUUGUUUUGACAUAGCAGAAUAACGGACAGCAGUAGCUUUCUCAUAUAUCUGGUAAUAAUUCUGUCUGUGGUUUAGUUCAAAGUAAGAAACAGACACUAUUUUAGCCUACUAUAUUUGUAGUUUUUACAGUUCUACAGGUUCAUCUAGGGAAAGUUUUAAUUCUUGUAGUUGUUGAUCAAGUUCAGAUGCAGGCAUCCAUAGCCCUUCAAGUUUUUAAGGUAUUCUCACUAAUAUGGUGGAACAUUUACACUUGCAGAUUAUGAGAACUUUUAGCCUAUUGCUCAAAUUCUGAAUCUUUUCCAGGUUAUUGAGGCUGAUGCUCAACCUAGCAAUUUAUGUACAUGUCAUGGGUUUGUUCGGUGGUUAGUGUCUGCAAACAGUGUUCUUUGGAGGGAUAGAAGCCUUACUUAUUAGUCUAAUGUUUGGCAGUAUGUGGGCAUUAGGAAAUAAGCAUCUAAUUAGCAAUAUAAAAUGAGAAAAUUUAUACUUGAAUGCCUUUUUGUUGCUUGCAAGAAUACAGUGUCAAAAGUUUAUCUUGAGAAUAUUAUUGAACUUGCAUUUGAUGACAUCACACCAAAAGGCUCUAAUUUUCCAUCAAUUCAAGGUGAGAAUAUGAUUUCAUAUUCUUGGCCAUAAUGUUGGUAGAGUAACUCUUUUUUUGUUCUAAUCAUUGUUGCUAAAGGGGUUGGGUAUUUCAAGCUUGGCAAAAGCUGGAUUUAUCUAAAGCAA